AUGCCAACUUCUUCGCAACCCCCGCCCAGUGUUAACCACCGAAAUCAACAGCCCCCACAACUAUCCCAUGGCUCCGGCACCCAGUCCCCUCCUUCCCCCACUUCGACUCGACCAUUUGCCCCAGAUCAUGCCCCGCCCAUCUCCUCCACAGACCCCUCUCUGAGUCCGACCCUACGCUCUUCAGAGUUUGUCUUUCCCAGUCGCCCGGUCUAUCAAGGGAGGAUGUCUGACUUUCAAGGAUCCUCCAAUUCUGGAUACUCGCACAAAACAUCCGAUGUCGAAGAGAGCGAUAUCGGGCUCGAUACCAUCACCCAGAUGCUUCAAAAAGACAAAGAAGCCGACCAGCUCAAACCCCGACCUCGUCCCGGCGCCGCGACCUACCAUGGCAAACACGAUAGAGAGCAGCGUAUGUCUACUUCUAGUGCAGAGAACGCACCGGCGCCACAUCCGCAACAUGGGGCUUCGACGAUGGUGGGGAAAUUGAGCACGCCAUACUCGACGGACGAGGGCGAUGAGCGGCAACCCAGUCUGGGGUUCGACCAGGCAUUCCAAGGGCUGGAUCUUAGCGAUAAGGAAGGGCAGCGUGGGGAGGCGCAGGGAGAAGAAUCGAAAGGGGUAGAUCCAGGUGAUAGGGGACUGGUUGAACAGCUAGAAAAGCUGGGGCCUAUCAACCAAGACUCGACGCCUCGCGACUCUUCAAAUCCUACCCCGACCCAUUCUUCCAUCGCCACACCCCAGCCAUACCCCGCCCAGUCUCCCGAUCCCCAGCUUGACCGCAAGCACAGGUCCCACGACUCACCCAUCACUGUCGAUGCCGACGAGUCUGGUGAACCGUCUCUGGUCAGUGAUUUGAGCGGCAUCGUUCGGUUGGGCAACCUUGGCUGGGACGAUGCUGGGCCAAAUCCCCGGGCAAAGCAUGCAGCUCGCCAGGUUUCUGUCAAGGACUUUGUCAACGACCAGGCGCAGACGACAAACAUGCAAGACCCAAAUGCAUUGGGGCUUGCUGAUGAAGAAGGUGUGAAGAGGGGUGAAGCGGCAGGGCAGGAGAAGGAUACCCAGGUUCAUGACCAGUUUGAGGAACCUCAAGACGAACCAGCUCUUACCGCUCGUUUUCAGCAUGUCAUGACUGAAGAGGGGCAUCAUGUCAUCAAUGGCAGGGAAGGCGUCUUGAAGAAGUGCGAGGACGAGCCGAUCACGACGCCGGGGGCGGUACAGGGUUUCGGCGUGUUGAUGGUCUUGGAGGAGGAUGAGGAGAGUGGCAAGCUGGCGAUACGGCAGGUCUCAGAGAACUCGUCAAAGAUAUUGGGACUUUCGCCAAAAUACCUGUUCCAACUCGACUGCUUCACCCGCCUCCUCACCAACGAGCAACACAAUGUCUUGCGCGAUAUGCUCGAAUACCUCCCCGACCCUUCCCACUACCUUUCCGAAGAAGCCAAGAAGGAUGCCACCAAAAGGCUCGUCGACCAAGGCCCCUUGGUCUUCCUGCUCUCUGGUUUCGGCGAGCCUGGCAGCAGUCACGCGGGGCAAAAAGGGACCGCUUCGAGCUCGAGUGCGCAUGAAGGAAGACGGCAGUGGACUAGCUGGGUGGCAGCACACAGGCCCCAGGACAACACGCUGUUGAAGGUGGAUGAGCAACAGAAGCCGGUGCCACCGUCCAAUAUCAUCAUACUCGAGUUUGAGCUGGAGAAAGACUCGUAUAAUCCACCUUUCCCGACGCCGGAAGACACUCCCUCAGUACCACGCGCCCGGUCUUAUACCACCGACUCCGAGUCCGCUAGAGGUACCGGCGCCACCGCCGGCUCCAAUUCCUCGGCAACUUCGAGCGACCAAACAGCCCCUGUCCACCCCGCCCCGCCCACCCCGAAGGGCGCUGCGACCGCUCAGACCCCGACGCCCGCAGAGCCCAGCGAGUCGGAUGAACAGGACGAGGACAUCCCAGCAGAGAAGGUCCAGGAGAGCACGACCAAUCGCGCUGUACCUCUGCAGGCCUUGGAGCGGAUGCGGGGACAGUUGCCGGAUAAGAGUGGCUCGGCACGACCCCGGACGAGACCGAUCCGUUCACGCCCUCCAGGGGGAUCUGGGACGAUGGAUACCUUUGCUGUCAUGAGUGAGAUCAAUGAACAGCUUGGGGCAGCGCCCGACCUCGAAACCUUCCUCGACGUCACAGUGGGACUAGUGCAGGAUGUCUCGAGGUUUCAUCGGGUGAUGCUCUAUCAGUUCGAUGAGGCGAUGCACGGGGUGGUGGUGUCUGAACUCGCGGAUAGGAGCAAGAUGAAGGAUCUCUAUAGGGGCUUGAGGUUCCCGGCGGCAGACAUACCUCCGCAAGCGAGAGAGUUGUACAAGAUCAACAAGGUGCGGAUGCUGUAUGACAGACAUAUCCCCACGGCGAGGAUGGUGUUGAAAUAUCGAGAGGACCUUGAUUAUCCGCUGGAUAUGACGCAUUCUUAUCUGCGUGCCAUGAGCCCCAUACAUUUGCAAUACCUUGCCAACAUGGGUGCGCGCUCGUCCAUGUCCAUCUCCAUCAUGGCCUUUGGUCAGCUCUGGGGCCUUAUCGCUUGUCACUCGUCCGGGAAGUCGGGGAUGCGCGUGUCGUUUCCUUUCAGGCAGAUGCUUCGGCUAUUGUCAGAAUCGAUAUCGAAAAACAUUGAGAGGCUGAGUUAUGCGCAGCGAUUGAAGACGAGAAAGAUUAUUUCUACGGUCCCCUCGAUAAAUCAUCCCACUGGCUAUAUUGUCAGCAAUGCGGACGAUCUUUUACAAAUCUUUCAGGCUGAUGCCGGGCUAUUGGUGAUUGGUGACGGCUGCAAGCUGCUGGGAAGGCAAAAACAGGGACCAUCUAUGAUGGCCAUCGCCGAGUACCUCCGUGCCAAGCAACUCAUCGCUGUCAAAGCCUCCUCCUCACUCGUCAAAGACUUUCCCGAUCUCACACUCCCCAAGACACCCGACACCGCCGCCGGUCUUCUCUACAUUCCCCUUUCCUAUCAGGCCGGUCAAGACUUUAUCGUCUUUCUCCGUAGGGGCCAAGUCCGGGAAGUCCAAUGGGCUGGAAAGCCCACCAAGGACGAGGCCAGCGAAGGGGCGAAUUUGGAGCCGAGGUUGAGCUUUGAUCUGUGGGUUGAGCAGGUGAUGGGCACCACUCGGGUCUGGUCGGAUGAUCAGCUAGAGUCCGCGGGGGUACUUGCUCUCAUCUAUGGCAAGUUUAUCCAAGUCUGGAGGGAAAAGCAGACGGCUAUGGCCUCCAGCCAGCUGACCGCCAUUCUCCUCACCAACACGAGUCAUGCCGUACGCACGCCUCUCAGUCAGAUCAUCAACACUCUCGAGCUCGCUCUUUCUGGUACAAUUGACAAGGAGACGCGUGAUAUGCUUCAAAGCAGUCAUGACGCGUCUAGGUCUUUGCUCUUCCACGUCCACGACUUGCUUGAUUUGACGCGAAUCGAAACGGGGAACGAAACGACUUUCAGAGAUCCUUUUGACCUUCGCCAGAGCAUCACGGAGGCUGUCCGUCUCUACGAGACCGAGAUAUCCAGGAGGGGUGUCGAGUUCCGAGUCAAGACUGGUGACGAUCUGCCCAAGUUUGUCGUUGGCGAUUCGAAGAAAGUGCGCACCGUCAUCUCCAACCUGGUCGCAAACUCGGUCAAGUUUACAUCCAAAGGCUUUAUCGAGGUCUACUGCGGUGUACGGUCGCAGACUGCCACCUCUGACGACAAUGAACCCUCAGACCGAACGGUGAAUAUCGAGAUCGUCAUCAGCGACUCUGGAUGUGGCAUUGCCAACGACAAGCUCCAGGCAAUGUUCCUCACUCUUGAGGGCUCCGAAGAGAGUUCGCAGGACUCGGGCGUGGGUCUAGGAUUAGCGGUAGUUGCUCGUAUCGUCGAACAGCUACAAGGUCAGCUGCGCGCAGAAUCAGAGGAGGGCAUUGGUACGAGGAUAUUGUUCUCCCUUCCUAUGAAGGUUCAUGACCCGACCCGUCCCAACCCAGCUCGGUCACGGGACUCUAGAAGCACUUCAAAGAAGACCUCUACUCGAAAACGUCGAUCCAGCACCAAGUCCAAGGCGGCUCUUCGGUUUGAUCGGUCACACGUGCCCGAUAUCGAUUCAUUCGUGCAAGAUUUGCAGAGCAAUCAUCUUUGUGCUGCCCACGAGGACGAUGAGAGGCUUGAAGCUGCUGGGGUCAGGAUGAGCCAGCCUGGGUCGUUCCCCGUGGCCGACUCGAGUUUUCCCGUCAUGCCAGCAAAGCUCUCCACCGAAGCAGAAGCUCUCGCAAGAUCACCAUCACCUGAGCGGCAUAACGUUCGCCAAGGGUCUUUGAGAUUCCGCCGAGAGUCCUCUGACCAGUCCUCUGACCAGUCCUCUCAGCCUUUCCCUCAGUCUUAUUCUCAGACCUCUACCGUUCCCUCUCCCGCUUCCUCUCCCAAAAACACCGUAACCCCUUCCGACAGCAAACCUUCAGCCUCUCCGAAGCAAAGCGAACAAGACGCAGAGGACAAGUCCCAGCUUCGUGUCAUGGUUGUUGAGGACGAUGUUAUCAACUCUCAGAUAUUGCAAAAGAGGUUGAAGAUGGACAAGCAUCUUGUGGUUGCGGUCACAAAUGGGCAGGAAUGUGUGGAUUUCUUGAGAAAUGACAGGGAUAUAGAUGCGAUUUUGAUGGACAUUCAAAUGCCAAUCAUGGACGGGCGGACUGCUGCCCGGGAGAUUCGCAAACUCGAAAGAAGCGAAAGCAAGCCACCAUCCGAUAUCACGCCCUUACUCGUCGACGGUCGAAUACCUCUAUUCGCAGUCUCAGCGAGCUUGUACGAGAGUGACAGGACGAAUCUGUCAGAGAACUUUGAUGGGUGGUUGUUGAAGCCUCUAGACUCUUCGCGUAUGCGCGCAAUCCUGGCUGGCCUGCAAGACCCGUCAAAGAGGUCGGAAGAAGUGUACAAGCAAGGGAAUUGGGAGGCGGGUGGAUAUUUCCGAGGGCCCGAGUCGGCUUCUUCAAGCCCAUCCUCCUCACAUGCGUCGUCGGACUUGUAG